AUGCCUACUACGUCGUCAACUCCCGCGUCCGACGGAGACACCGUCUCCUGCUGCAAGUUCCAAAACGCAGAGCCUGACACCGAUCCUUCGCAGUGCUCCUGUCCUCGAAACAUCGAAGAGAAGAAGGCGCGCGGACGACGGCUUGCUGAUCGAAUCGGGGAGGCGUUCGACUCGUAUUUCAACCUCGUGGAUGAGAAAUAG